AUGGAAUUCGCGUUUACAAUUAAGUCAACCAGCCAAACUACAAAUUUGAAACGCCUACCUAUGGCUAGGAGAGAUUUUGGAUCCAAAGGAAACAAGAUACAACUCUUAACUAACCAUUUUAGAAUCGGCUCAACUAAGAAUGAAGGUUACUUAUAUCAUUAUAAUAUUAUUUUGCGUUAUCAAGAUGGACAACCUGUUGAAGGGAAAAGAGUGGGGAGAAAAGUCAUGGACAAACUUCGUAAAACAUACGAUGUACUAAGAAGUCAAAAUUUUGCAUAUGAUGGUGAGAAAAAUUUAUUCACUCUUGAUUCUCUACAUCAUACUAGACAAGAUUUCAUUGUUGUGUUAGAUGAAGUUUCAUCAAUAAGGGUUGGAAAUUACCCUGAUACAACAAAAAGAAUGAGGUUUCAAUCUCAGUCCAAAACUUUUAAGGUUGAGAUUAGUCAUGUAAGAAAAAUCUCAUUACAAGAAAUUGGAAAUGCAUUACGAGGUCACAAAUCAGAGAAUUACCAAGAUGUAUUAAAUGUUUUGGGUGUUAUAUUGAGGCAAAAUGCAACAAAAGAGGGAUGUCUCUGCAUUCGCCAGUCAUACUUUCAUGACAAUCCAAAAAAUAUAACUAACCUUGAUGGUGGUAUUCAGUAUUGUCGUGGUUUCCAUUCAAGCUUUAGGGCCACACAAAUGGGUUUGUCUCUUAAUUUUGAUGUGUCAGCUACAUUACUUAUAAAGCCUGGUCCUGUAGUGGAUUUCCUACUCCAUAACCAAAAUAUCCAGCAACCAAAGUGGAUUGAUUGGAGCAAGGCAAAAAGAAUGCUUAAAAAUAUUAGAGUCAAAGUUAACAAUAGAGAGUACAAAAUCAGUGGACUAAGUGAGAUGUCAUGCAAAACACAAAUGUUUUUAAUUAAAAAAGGAAAUGAUGUUAAUGGUGAAGCACGAUUAAAGGAAAUUACAAUUUAUGAAUACUAUAAACGCCACAAAAAUAUUGAACUUCACUAUUCUAUUGAUAUGCCAUGUAUUAAUGUUGGCAAACCAAAGAAACCAAUUUAUUUUCCUAUGGAGCUAUGUACAUUGGUCUCAUUGCAACGAUACACUAAGGUAUUGUCCAACAAGCAAAGAAUUCAAUUGAUGUUAGAGUCAAGAAAUAAUCCUCACGAAAGGAAAGAAGCUUUGUUAUAUUCUUUAAAAAGUCGUAGAUAUGAUGACGAGCCUAUGCUUCGCUCUUUUGGAAUUUCUAUUAAACCUUGUUUUACUCAAGUUAAUGGUCGCGUUUUGCAAGCUCCAACUCUUGUUGUUGGAAAAGGACAUGUAUUUUGUCCUCAAAAUGGAAGCUGGAAUUUUAAUAAUAAGGAAUUAAUUGAACCCGUGAAGAUUAAACGUUGGGCAAUUGUAAACUUUUCAUCACACUGUGAUAUAGAACAUUUAUGUAAUAUGAUUAAAAAAUAUUCUAAAAUGAAAGGAAUGUUCUUUGAUUCUCCGUUCCAUAUAUUUGAGGAGAGUGAGCGUCAUAGGAGUGAGUCACCAUCUUCUAGAGUUUCUGCAAUGUAUGAAAUAAUAAAAUCCAAGCUACCUGGACCCCCUACACAUCCUCCUGCUCAACUUCUUUUGUGUAUUCUUCCAAUUAAAAAGAAUUGUGAGAUUUAUGGUCCUUGGAAAAGGAGAUGUCUUGUUGAUGAAGGGAUUGCAACUCAAUGCAUUGCUCCGACAAAAAUUAAUGAUAAUUAUAUUACUAAUGUACUAUUAAAAAUUAAUACAAAGCUUGGUGGGAUGAAUUUUCUUUUGUUAUCCGAAAUUGAGCGUUCCAUACCAUUAUUUUCUAACAUACCUACAUUGGUAAUUGGAAUGGAUGUUUCACAUGGAUCUCCAUAUCAAUUAAAUGUACCAUCAGUUGUUGCGGUAGUUAGCUCAAGAUAUUGGCCUCAAAUAUCUCGUUAUAGAGCUACAGUUCGUAGUCAAUCAUCGAAAGUAGAGAUAAUCCAAUCUCUAUUCGAGCCUGUUUCAGAUACUAAGGAUGAUGGUAUCAUCAGUGAGGUUCUUAAGGACUUUUAUGCAACUUCAGGAAGAAAGCCUCAACAAAUUAUAAUUUUCAGGGAUGGAGUGAGUGAAUCACAAUUCAACCAGAUCCUCAACUUUGAAUUGGAUGAAAUCAUAAAGGCGUGCAAACAUUUUGACGAAAGUUGGUGUCCAAAGUUUACUUUGAUUGUUGCCCAAAAGAAUCAUCACACUAGGUUCUUCAAAGUCAAUGCUCCUCAAGAAAAUGUUUUACCAGGAACCGUUAUUGAUAACACUAUAUGUCAUCCUGAAAACAAUGAUUUCUACAUGUGUGCUCAUGCUGGAAAAAUUGGUACAAGUCGUCCUACUCAUUACUAUGUUUUAUAUGAUGAAAUUGGUUUCUCAUCAGAUAAUUUGCAGGAAUUGGUGCAUUCUCUAUGCUAUGUGUAUCAAAGAAGCACAAAUGCCAUAUCUAUAGUUGCACCAAUUUAUUAUGCUCAUGUAGCAGCAGCUCAAAUAUCACAAUUUUUAAAUUUUGAUGAAACAAAAAAUCAAAAGGAAUUCAUUGUACCCGGUAUAUCUCAAGUUCUUGAGUUACCACGUCUUCAUGAACGAGUCAUGAAUACUAUGUUUUUUUGUUGA